AUGGACGCCUCGGAUACCCACACAACCGGUGACGAUGUUGUCAUGGAUCGUCGUACCGUCCCGGACUACCAGGAUAUCGAUCAGGACCGCAGGCCCGAGUCGCCUCCUCCUCGCGGACGAUCCUACUCGCGCUCUCGCUCAGCUACACCCGUUCCAGGACGUCGUGAUCGCUCUCCCAUCCGCAGCAUGAGUCGCAGCCGCUCGCCACCUCCUCGUCGACGUGCCGAUCGAUCGCGAUCCCCCGCCGCCCGCCGCUAUGACCGAGACGACCGACGCGACCGUGCCCGCUCCCGCUCCCGCUCCCCUCCACCUCCGCGUUCCGACCGCCGCCGCACUCCUCCACCCAAACCUCGUGGUGCUCCUCAGCAGGUCGAGCCCACCACCGUCCUCGGCUGCUUCGGUCUUUCCAUCCGCACCACCGAGAAGGACCUCGAGUACGAAUUCGACGCCAUCGCUCCCGUCGACAAGGUCGUCGUCGUCUACGAUGCCCGCUCCGGUCGUUCGCGUGGUUUCGGCUUUGUCACCAUGCGCGACGUUGACGGUGCCUCGGCUGCUAUCGAAGCUUUGAACGGCAAGGAUCUGCAUGGCCGACGUAUUCGUGUCGACUUUUCCACUACCCACAAGCCACACGACCCCACGCCUGGUAUUUACAAGGGUGAAGUUCGACCGGACGACCGCUACCGUGCACCUGCUGGCCGCGGCCCGAGUGGUGGCGGUGGUGGUCGAGGCGAGAGGUACAACGGUCGUGCUUACGACCGCGCCGGUCCCUCGUCCUACCGCGGAGGUGACUCGUACAGGCGCAGCAAUGCAGACUCGCGCGACGACUGGAGAAGAAGGCCUUCGCCGCCUCGCCGACCUAGAAGGUCCCCUAGCCCGAGGAGAGGCGGUGGCUCUAGGUACUCGCGCUCGCCCAGCCCGAGACGUGGCGGCGACAGGUACGAUGCCGACAGAGAGGAGCGAGUUCCCCCUCCUCGCAGCAGACUCGGCAGCCACCUCGACAGUCCUCCGCGUGACGAGGUGGACCGCAUCCGAUACUGA